AUGCCAUGGCAGCCAGCCACAGAGAGAGCCCUUGACCUUGAGGCAGGGCGGAGACUUGUUGCCAGGAAAGUUUCUCCGCUUGCCAGGGACAAACAAGCAAAAGAGCUUAAAUCCAUGAACCUUGAGAAUGUUCAUCCACAUGACUAUUUAAAUUUCUACUGUCUUGGUAACCGGGAGAAGAUACCGGACACAAUGGCCGGUUCUAGGGACACCGAGAUAGCCAUGGGUGCAUAUCAACUGCAUCACACGUUAGGGGAGAGGAGUUCAAACACGUGA